AUGUCUUCUAUCAACGCGACCUUUGAGGAUGCUAUUCGCGUUAUCCCGCAAGGGUCCAACAAAUACAGUGCUCAUCUCCGCCCAGAGUGGUGCAUAGGAACUGUUCCCCAUGGUGGCUACACAGCAGCAGUGAUCUACAAACUAGCUCUUACCCACUUCUCAUAUGCCCAUCCAGAGCAAUAUGACACCCCAGCUACGCCAAUAUCACUCCAACUCUCCUUCUUACGGCGCACAGCUGCCGGUCCUACGAUUCUAGAAGUUGAGGACUUAAAGCUCGGCACUCGGACAAGCACAAUCCAGGCCAAGCUAUUUCAACCCUCAGAGAAAGACCCAGGCCGACUCGAGCUCAAACUCACAGGCUUCAUCACUGUUAGUCCACCAAGUGCGGAGGUAGGUAUCAGCGCCUCAACAGGCUGGAAGCCAUACCCAGCCACACCGCUAGGCUCCUUAGCAGAUGGACGCGUCAAUUUAUCAUCGCUGGCCCAAAUAGGCCGCGACGGCGCCUGGAUAAAGCUCAACACACCAUUUCCUGAGUUUCGGCGUGCGGGUACGCAGGUGGAACUAUAUGGCCCCAGCAAGAGAUUUACGCACCUGGAACAGACCGAGUCAAUGGUUGUAGAUCAAUGGUCACGAUUCCGGCCGGGUGGGGAUAAGAGUGCGCGGUGGACUGAUGCUGCGGUAGUCUAUCUGACUGAUAUGUUUCCGAUGGCCAUGAAUGGGUUUGAUAGCGUUUCUACGACGGCUGUGGCGAAAACCCAGGGCACAUCUUCAGGGAAGCAGGUAAAAUUCUGGUAUCCGACUGUCACUUUAAACAUUGAAAUGAAGAAGCAUCUGCCUACUGAGGGGGGUGGAGUGGCUAUAUAG